AUUCACUUCACUAAACAAUGAAUUCUGAACGUUAUCAUGUGACUUACUUUGCUAUCAACAGGACAAUAAUAUUGUGGUUGAAGUUAGGUAAACAUUAAAAAUGAUAAAACAGUAAAUAUAAUUUAUUAUUUUCAAUUAAAAGUAGACCAUGGAGGACGACGGAAAAGUGUAUAUUGCUCCAUCAUUAUUUGUAAACCACGGCGGCGGUCCAAAUCCUGUAUUGGGUGAGAAAAACAAUUUAGAAAUAGCAAAAUCUUUGAAGGAGGUGCAAAAAGUCGUCGAUUUGACACGGUUGAAAGCUAUUAUCCUUGUCACUGCUCAUUGGGAGGCAGACCAAGUGUCGAUAUCGACAAAUGAACACCACGACUUGUUGUUCGAUUACUACAAUUUCCCGCCAGAAUCAUAUAAAUACAAGUACGAAGGGCGCGGCGAUCCCGAAUUGGCGCGAAAUAUCCACGACGCUUUGACAAAAGCCCAGAUCAACUCAAGAUUGGAUAAUGAAAGAGGAUGGGAUCAUGGAGUUUUUAUACCGAUGAUGUUAAUGAGACCCGAGGCCGACAUUCCUAUAGUUCAAGUGUCCAUAUUAUACAACCAAGAUGCAAAAUUGCAUUAUAAUAUCGGAAAAGUUCUACGUGAGUUUCGUAAGAAAGGUGUAGCUGUUAUUGGUUCUGGGUUAUCUUAUCAUAACAUGAGGAGGUUAAAGGCUUGCAGGACUGAAAAAAAUGAAUAUAUAGAGAAUAGAGAAUUUGAUGAUUUCUUGUCUGGAGUUUGCACUAGCGAUGAAGCGAUACGUGAGAAGAUAAUCCACUGGAAAGAGGCUUCGGGUGCGCUGGAUUGUCAUCCUGAUGGCGAAGCUGAUCAUUUAAUGCCAUUAAUUGUGGCGGCAGGUGCUGGAGGUAACUCUAAAGGCAGAAAAGUAUUUGAAACAGCAUUCUACAAUAGAUUUUUGUUGAGUAACUUACUAUGGGAAUGAGAACUAUAAUGAAGAUGAUUAGAAGUUAACCUGAAUAUCAUCCUAAAUUAAUGCGCGGCAAAAAUUGUUUUUGUUACCUAUAGAGAACGUCACUUGUGAUAUGUUUAUAUAGGUAAUAACAACUU